AUGAAGCCAACUUGGAAGUGGACCCAUCCUCACAAAAUCAUUGCCUCGCAACCUAAUCAGAUCAACCUUCCAAUUUCUGGUCCAUCAGCUCUUCCUUCUCCACAUUCAGCAUGCAUUUUACCUCUCCCUAUCGAUCAAAGACGCCGAAAAACGCCGCUUCUGGGGACUAGCGCUGGAUUUUCUCUACAUUUGCUCAACAAUCGAAGCCAUCAAGACUCAGGAAAAUUGGAAAGGAACUAUUCUAAAGCUCUUCAUAUGCAGUCGGCAAGUUGCUACGCUAUCUCUGAUUUAAUUCAAGAAGGGGAGAGCUCUAAGCGCCCUAGUUUUCGGACCCCAACCAUUCCCAUAGAACAGCAGAGCUCCGUCACAAGUACUUAUGAAACCGCCAAACCGGCUUUCUUCGAUCGGGCAACACCACCGCACUUACUCCAAUCGAAGAAAAAGCCAUGGGCUGAUGGACCGAUCACAGAAUCUGCUCAAGACUUGACAACUGCCAUCUCGAAUGGCGACUUUGAAUUAGCUGUCAGCUGCUUUGAAAGACUAUCACCUCGUAGAAAGUCUAAGCUUGCUACUCGAGUGUACAAUUCCCUCUUUAACCUGGCUGCAUACGAUGGUUCAUGUUCUGCGGUUUCCAGAGAUGUGCGCAUUUCAAAAAUUGAAGGUUUAUUCAACUCAUUCGGUCGAAAAUUUUCGCACGAUCAAGUCAUCCGACAACUUGAAGUUUCAAUCCACGCUGCUGCCUUCCGUUUACGUGACAGUGCUGAAUCAGAUCUAGUCACAGUGGAUUCAAAUCCUCAAACCCAACUUAUCGACGCUCAAAACCACAUUUCCGAAAUCAUUUGUCGAUUGCCUAAAUUGGAUGAUGUUACCAAUACCACUUCUGAUGACCUAGCCCAUGCUAUCCCAUUUCGUGUACUUGGUCUAUAUGCUAGAUUUUUAGCUUUGUUUCAUCAACCCGGACAACCUUUGAAGAUGAUGAGAAAAAUCUAUUAUGCUUACUUGAUCGGUCGAAGACGAGCGUGUGACUCAAAUGAAGAUCCCAAUGCGAGCUCUUUUCCCGAUUCAGCUGGUAUCGAAACAGGCACUAUGAUCAUGAUUAUCCUUCGAAACAAGAUUCAUCACCGAAUGAGCGGUCUCAAAUUAGCUAUUCGAAUGAUCAGCAAGGGUGAUUUAUACCCCGAUCAAGACUUUUUGUCUCGGCUUUUGAGAAGAAUGUAUUUAUCAAAGUCUGAAUGGGAUUCGGUUAUUCAUCUUCAGUCAAAUUUAGAUCACCCGAUGGCUGCACGUUGGCUACAUCAACAAAUUGCUCUUGUCGAAUCACAAAAUGGUAGAAUGCAACGUGCUUCAGAUCUUGCCCAUCAAGCACUCUACCAAAAGUCAAAUCAACCUUUGAACCUCGCCAUCUUCACUCACGCCAUUCAAGCCAUCAUUGAUCGCCGACAUUCUGUUGACCUACCGGAGGAAGAUAUAGACUUUGAUUUACAAGAAGCUUUGAAAAUGAGGGAAAAUAUGUUGGAUAAUGGAUUUGUACCUGCAUCUGAAUUAGAUGAUAUCAUGUUACGAGCUAUAUAUCAAUCAGCAAAAAAUAUCACGCAUCAUCAAAAGCGGAGCAAAUUCUUACAAACGUCCAUUCUUAGUUUAUUCCCUCGAGACAAGAUGGUUAGGAUGUUUUGCCCAGAUGCAAAGAAAAAAAUCGAAUCACAUCCUGGAAAAUCUGUUGAAGCAUUUCGAUUAAUGCGUUGGUUAAUGAGAUGGAAUGAAUUAGAUUUAGCUUUGAUAGUCUUUCAAUCUAUGUCUAGAUACGGAUAUAUCACUAGUCUUGGAGCAUUACCUACUCUUAAUUUAAAAAGAUUAUUAGAUCAAGCUUUAUUAACUCAUCCAGAAUUAGGAGCUGAAUUAUAUCAACAUAUCUCGUCUUCGGGUUAUGAUUCAUCUGGAAUCUUCUUUAAAGCUCUUGAAACUAAAGCUAUACAAAUGGCAGAUGUUUCAUUGAUUGGACAUCUUUUGAAAAUUACAGAAGAAAGACAAAACGAAAGAAUUUAUCCUGCACAGAUCACCAGGAUGAUUGAACGAUUGGCUCGUAGACGUCCUACACCUGGUAAUGUAGAAAAAACGAUGAAAUUGUUUCGGUUGGUUUGGAAUCGUUGGAAAUCGGAACUUGAGAUCACAGUCUUUGAACGUAUUUUAAAUCAGUUACAAAAGAUGAAGCCGAUUAAAUUACAAACUAGAUCAGAGUUAAGACCAUUACUGGAAUCUACAGUAGCUUGUUUAUCUUAUUCUGGACUUUGCCCAAAGGAAGCUGGAAAGUUAAAGGACCGAUUUAUGGAGUAUAUGGCUGAUACCACUAGGAUUACUGAUGAUGAUGAUGAUGAUGAUUCAGUGAUUGAUGAAGAAUUACUUGAACGUAAAUGGAUUUCUCAACUUGAUUCUUCGUCACUACAAAGUGAAAUGGCUACUGAAUUAUAUGAAAAGCUAUUAGUAUAUGAUAUUCAAGCAGCAAAAGAAUCUUUACAAAAAGCUAUCGAAUUAGAUAUUUUAAUUCCUGCUCAUAAUGUUGGGAUCUUAUUAAAUAUAUUAGUAGAUGAGAAAAGAUUUGAUGAAGCGAUUGGAUUGGAUAGGUUAUGGAGAGGGAUGAGUUGGAAGUUUAAGGUUUUGGAAAGAGGUGAUGAUCGGUUGAUUAUCGAAGCUAUGGAUCGAAUUGAAAGACAAUCUGUUUGGCCAAGAAGUUGA